AUGCUCUCACGUGUUGCUGCAGUGAAGGCACCCCACAAACACAACCGUCGCCGCGUGACCGGAUCCAGCGGAAGGAGGGAAGGAAGAGAGAGUGAACUGCAGGGGCCCAACAUGUCCCGGCGUGUGUUUACUUCCGCGGUGCUGCUCCUACUUGUCGUGUUGAUGUGCUGCGCCACCUGUGGAGCUGCGACCGCUAAGGUGGAAAAUAAUGCUGAUGCUUCAACUCCUGGGUCGGCAUUGCCGAGUGCCAUUACUGCAGAGGGGAGUGCUUCAGGGGGUGUUGAGGGGCUGCAGGAAGUCGAUCUAUUUGUGCCGCAGACGACGCAGGUGCUGCCGAAGACGGGGACUGGCUCAAGUGGGAGGGAUUCAUUUGUUUCACCCUCUCUCGUCAGUGCUGGUGGAGUAAUUGCUGCUUUUGCCGAAGGUCACAUAGGUUUCAAACCCCCCCAUAACGAAUCAACUAAGCCGUCUUCUGAUGUUGUUGCGGAGUACAUCGACUCUGCGUGGGAAUGGCCCACUCU